AUGGUUUUUGCAGCUCCUGUUAAUUCUGAUUUACGUAAUGAAUCCGUAUGGGAAGUUUCAAAACAAGAUCUUCGAGAUGGAAACGCACUUUGUUACGGAAACUUAUUUCAGUUAUUCCAGAAAGAUAGAAGUAAUUUGGGAGAUUGCUUGCAAAUAUCUGAUUCAGCUAAAUCUCCCGCAACUAACCAUUCACAAGGUGAUAUUUUAACUUUUUAA